AUCCUUUCCAUCGAUCGAUCGAAGACUGUUCUUCUGCAAAUGAAAAAUGGCGAAAUGGUGGAAAAUCGCGGCAGCGGUGGGUGUGUUGGCGAUCUUAAGAGAAUUGAGUAAGAAAUACGGGUGGGAGAAGGAAGCGGGAGUGAGGUUGCUGAAGGAAUGGUCGGAGCAACUAGGGAUUUGGGCAAUCCCACUCUACGUUCUCGUCCACACCCUCACAAUCGCUCUCUGUUUGCCAUACGCAAUCUUCUUCGAGGCCGCCGCUUCUAUCCUUUUCGGAUUCUUCCCGGCCGUUCUCUUUGUCUUCGCGGCCAAGCUGCUCGGGGCUUCUCUUUCCUUUUGGAUCGGCAGAUUAGUGUUGAGGAAUUCGAGCUCAGCAAUGGAGUGGGUGCAGAGGAACAAAUACUUCCAUGUGCUAUCGAGAGGAGUGGAACGAGAUGGGUGGAAAUUUGUGGUGCUUGCGCGAUUCUCACCGAUGCCGUCUUACAUUAUAAACUAUGCAAUGGCAGCCACCAAUGUAUCUUUCUUUGUUGAUUUUUUGCUGCCUACUGUGAUUGGAUGUGUUCCUAUGAUUUUGCAGAACACAUCCAUUGGCAGCCUCGCCGGUGCAGCCGUUGCCUCCUCCAACAAAGCUAGUUCCAUUUGGUCUUACGUUUUCCCUCUUCUAGGAAUUCUCUCAAGCCUUCUCAUCUCCUUGAGAAUCAAAAGCUACACCACUCAUCUUUCUCAACCUCAGUCUCAAGAUGAAAACUCCCAAAAAGGUCAAUAACUUAUGCUAAUUGUUAUUGUUAUUGUUGUUGGGGGUGUUCUUACAGAUUUUCUAAUCAUGGUUACAAUAACAUAAAGAUAUUUUCUUUAAUUCAUGGUCACCAACUCCAUUUGAAAGGUUUAACUUCAUCCAUAGAGUAAUCGUUUAUAUCUUUUUUAUGUUAGAAGCUUUGGUUCCCACAACAUUAGCUAUUGUUAUUUCAGAUUUGUUUCUUUUUGUGGUAACAUUAUAAGUAAACAUAAAGAUAUUCAUAUUCUCCUCAA